CGAUCGAUCUCAGCUCAGCUCGCAGACCGCAGCAUAGUACUGAUGAUGAUGGCGGCUGCUGCUUUCUCCUCCACCACCGUCGGAGCGCCGGCCUCGACGCCGGGCAGCUUCCUCGGGAAGAAGCUCAAGAAGCAGCAGCAGCAGGUGAACUGCCAUGGCAGCAGGCCGUCCAACCUCAAAAACGGGUUCAGGGUCAUGGCGGCCAAGGACCUGGACGAGUCGAAGCAGACGGACCAGGACCGGUGGAAGGGCCUCGCCUACGACAUCUCCGACGACCAGCAGGACAUCACCAGGGGCAAGGGCCUCGUCGACUACCUUUUCCAGGCGCCCAUGGGAGACGGCACACACGAGGCCGUGCUCAGCUCCUACGAGUACAUCAGCCAGGGGCUCAGACAAUUCAAUUUGGACAACACCAUGGACGGAUUGUACAUCGCCCCGGCCUUCAUGGACAAGCUCGUUGUCCACAUUGCCAAGAACUUCAUGACCCUGCCAAACAUCAAGGUCCCUCUGAUCCUGGGUAUCUGGGGAGGCAAGGGCCAGGGCAAGUCCUUCCAAUGUGAGCUUGUCUUCGCCAAGAUGGGCAUCAACCCCAUUAUGAUGAGCGCUGGAGAGCUCGAGAGCGGCAACGCCGGUGAGCCGGCAAAGCUGAUCCGGCAGCGUUACCGGGAGGCGGCGGACAUCAUCCGCAAGGGGAAGAUGUGCGUCCUGUUCAUCAACGACCUCGACGCCGGUGCCGGGCGCAUGGGUGGCACGACGCAGUACACGGUGAACAACCAGAUGGUGAACGCGACGCUGAUGAACAUCGCCGACAACCCGACGAACGUGCAGCUGCCGGGGCAGUACAACAAGGAGGAGAACCCCCGGGUGCCCAUCAUCGUCACCGGCAACGACUUCUCGACGCUGUACGCGCCGCUCAUCCGCGACGGCCGCAUGGAGAAGUUCUACUGGGCGCCAACCCGCGAGGACCGCAUCGGCGUCUGCAAGGGCAUCUUCCGCACCGACAACGUCCCCGACAAGGCCAUCGUGAAGCUCGUCGACACCUUCCCCGGCCAGUCCAUCGACUUCUUCGGCGCUCUCCGUGCGCGCGUCUACGACGACGAGGUGCGGCGGUGGGUGGCCGAGGUGGGCGUGGAGAACAUCGGCAAGAAGCUGGUCAACUCCCGGGAGGGCCCGCCGACGUUCGAGCAGCCCAAGAUGACGCUGGAGAAGCUGAUGGAGUACGGGCACAUGCUGGUGCAGGAGCAGGAGAACGUAAAGCGCGUGCAGCUCGCGGACAAGUACCUCAGCGAGGCAGCUCUUGGUGAAGCCAACGAGGACGCCAUGAAGACCGGUGCCUUCUACGGCAAGGCGGCGCAGCAGGUCGGCGUGCCCGUCCCCGAGGGAUGCACCGACCCCAAGGCCGCCAACUUCGACCCCACCGCCAGGAGCGACGACGGCAGCUGCGUCUACAACUGAUGAGUACCCCAAGUGUAUUAGAUUAAUUUGCAGCUACCAUAUAUACUCGCAUAUAUGUUAAGAUUUAAAACUAUAUAUAUAUAUAUAUCAUGGAAUAUAAUCCGAUUGUGAGAGGUAUUAAUUUUUUAUGCACAGGUAUGUAUGCAUGCAUGCUAGCUGGUUGUCUAUCGCAGGUACUAAUUGAUU